UUUUUAAAAAAAUUUUAUAAAGGAUUUAUUAAACUUAAGAACGCCCUUUUUAUAUUAUUAACGCUAUUUAUUAAAAAAUAUAAUAAUAAUUUACGAUUUUAUAUUAACUUUAAAAAGCUAAACGAGAUUAUAAAAAAGGAUUGUUAUUUUUAA